GGUGGCACAGGGCCCGCCGUAGUCACUCCCCAGGCCUGUGACGGUGCCAGUGCCUCGCGUGGGCGUGUGAGUGUGGUAGUGUGUGCGUGGGCGUGAUGGUGGCGGCGGCAGUGGUGGUGACGCUACGAACUGUUUACUCCAGUGCUCAAGUGUGCGUGUGGUGGUGGUGGUAGUGGUGUUAGUGGUGGUGGUGGUGUUGUGGUGGUGUGGUGUUGCUGUGUGCGGGUGUUGUGUUGCUACGGAAGGCGGCGAGAUGUUGAAACACGUGGGACAGUACCGCUCCACCACGUCCCUCGCCCGCGCCUCCAGCAGUAGCCUACAGACGCGUCCUUGUGACUCAGCCUCCUGCAGAACCCAUGGGGAGGACGACGAGGACUCCAUCAGCUCCCCAGAAGUCCUCAGAAGGAGUCUCAGCUCUCCGGGGUCCUAUGGAAGUGACACAAGCUCCCCUGAGGCUCCAAAGAAAGUCCUCAACCAUGUCAAGGAUUCCAAGGGCGGCGAGGUCCCUGAGAAGGAUGUUGAGGUGUCCCAAGAGUCCUGCAAGGGUCCUACCACUGAGGAUUCACAAGAAAAGGUUCAAGAGUGCGGUGAAGGAUCCAAGAAACCCUGCACAAAAGUCCUUCAGGAUACAAGUUCCCCGGAAGUGACAAAGAAGGAUCUAGUGCGUCCUUCGACCUUGCCACGCCGAGCAGGUCACCGCCCCCCAGAUGACCUGCCCCCCCACACAGGCCAGCCCAUAAGAAAGGUCCUCAAGUCCUCGGAGUCCUGCAGCCUACACUCCUCCAGUACCUCCAUCCUCUCCCUCACGCCCUCCAGGUCCUCCUCUACCUCCUCCCUUGUGGAUCCUACGAUGACCCCAGUGAAGGUGUACCUGCGGUUCAUGCGUCCCGACAUGGAGUAUAAGACGCUGAGCCUGUCGUCGGGCACCACUUGCCGCCAGCUGGUGCUGAUGCUGCUGGCCAAGUUCAGGCUGCGUCACCGCGACCCGAACCUCUUCUUCGUCACCAUGGAGGUGACGCUGCGCACGCCGGGGGGCGGCGCCCCAGCGCGGCGCCUGCUGGUGCUGGACGACCAGGCGCGCCCCGCGGAGUUGCAGCAGUGCCGCCCGCGCGGCGAAGCGCGCUUCAGCGUGGGCGUGCGGCGUGGCGGCCUAGUGCGCGUGCACGACGGCAUCCUCAUGCCCGGGUCGCAGUACAAGUCGCUGCUGGUGUGUUACCGCACCACCUCGGAGGAGCUGGUGCAGCUGCUGCUCAACUGCUACAACAGCAAGGAGAGCCCAGCGCGUUACGCCAUCCACGAGGUGUGCGCCACGCCCUACAGCGACCGCCCGCUGCGCCGCGACGAGUGUCCCCUGCUGGUGCAGAGUGAGUGGCCCCGCGCCGCACGGCCCCGCCUGUCCCUGGUGCUGCGCCGCACCGCAGCCUACGGCAUCGCGCUGCCGCCCAGGGCCUCGUGGCGCCACAGCCUGGGCCACUCAGACCACAGCACGGACACGGACUCAGAGCAGGAGGACGCCACCCCCGCCCCCCGCGUCUCCCGCGCUCCCAGCGAUCCCCUGCCCCGGGUGUCCUCCAGCGACAGUCUCUUUACCGGUGACCUGGCCAACUCCUCCAGUCCUGCAUCCUCCACCUCCAAUUCGUCCUCAUCAUCAUCCUCGUCAUCCUCUUCCUCCUCAUCUUCCUCCUCCUUCCUCCUCCUCCUCCUCCUCAAGAGUAUCAUGUGACUCAGGAUUUUUCUCUCCUUCUUCCUCAUCCAACGCCUCAACAGGAUCUCCUUCCCCUCCACCCUCUCCUUGUCCUUCCUCCUCUUCUUCCUCCUCCACCUUUACCUGCACCUCCCUCCACCAGGAAGAGGAGGAGCGGCCCCCCUCACCUUCCCUCCCACCAUCCACAAUACAUCUGGAGGAGUGUGAUGUUUCCUCCUCCACCUCUUCUUCCUCCUCCUCCCUCCUCCUCCUCCACACUCCUCCCUCCUCCCCUGUGAGUGUGUAUUCCAUCUCCUACACCUCCUCCUCCUCCCCAGUGAUCUCCAGAUGUAUCCUCCACACCACCUCCUCUCCCUCCUCCCCCGUGCCUCCACCAAGGGUUAGGCACCGAUUACCUCCACCCUCCUCCAUAUCCUUCCCUUCUUCACCCAUUCCUCCUCCAAGAACAAAGCACUCCUCCCUCCGCUCCUCCACCCGUUCUAUCCCUCCUUAUUUCCUCUCGUCCUUCUCCUCCUCCUCCUCUUGCUCCUCACUUCAGUCCCUCCCUCCACCUACUGUCUCCUCUUCCUCUUCCUCCUCCUCUUCAUCAUCUAUCACCACCAUCACCACCACGACGAGUCAUCCCUCAGUGGUGACUCAUGACUCAACAGAGGAGAGCAUCAAGCAACUCGCAGCGGCCCUCGAGUCACUCAGGUCACUCACUAUACGCUGCCCUGACUAUGACAACUGCUUCUACAUAUAAGUCACGGAGUCAUCAGUGGAGGACAGGACGAGGCAGAAGCGUAGGUGGAGGAGGAAAAGGAGAGAGUGACGACAAGACAGUGAGGAAGAUGGAUGAGGAAGAGAAGUGAGGCAGAGAAGAGUGAGGCGAAUGACGACGACUAUUAAACCAAAGAAGGAGGCGAGGAAGGAAGAGGAGGAGGCGUGAUGAGGGAGGGGUGAGGGAGGAGGACGCAGGGAGGAGACAGGGAACUACAAAUAUGAGCGAGAUAACCUCCACCAGCCUCCCCUACCUGACCCCCUCCCCCCUCCACAGCGUUCCCUCCUUCAGGUGCAGUAACUCACCAGGUUCAUCAGUGGGUGCUUAGGUACAAAAUGACUCACCUGGAAAGAAAGAAAACGGGAAUUAAUGAGAGGUAUUCAAAGCAUUACGAGACAUUACCAAGCAUUUCAAACACCAAAAGGAAGGGGAAGAUGACGAAAGCAUGAGAUAAAAGGCUUGAAUAUGACGUUAACACCAAAAUAAGUAUUGAAGUUAAUUAAUGAGAAGGUAUUAUGCAUUACAAGAGAUUACCAAGGAUUUCAAAUAGCAAAAGACUCGAUUUCUAACUAGACAACGUAUAAAAGAAAGGGGAAAAAUGUGUAAUUCAAUCUCAGUAAUUCCAAACCUAACCUAACCUAAGGAGAUUAACUAAAUGUAUUGGAAGGAACACAAAGAAAAACUGAUACAGGUGUGAAGGGAAUGAGAGCAUGACAACACCUCCCUCCACCCCCGCUCCCUCUCUCACCAAGGUCACGGCUCACCUGUGCCUCACCAAGUAACGCCACACCUGGAGGUCACGGGGGUCACGCUCAGCUACCCACACCUGGCUGAAGGGCCCAGGUGUGUGUGAGCCAGACAGACAGAGAGGCGGCAAGAACAAUAAAGUGGAAGGAUAUAAUGGCAGUGAAAAACAGACACAUGAUACAUGGGAAGACAAGCAGACGAUGAAAAUACACGCUACAGAAACACAGACAGACACGCUCCAGAUACUCACACACAGACAGACAGACAGACAAGCGUACAAGCAAAAA